GUUGGCUUUGAGUACAAUUCAGUUCAAGAGAAGACUCAAAGGAAGACAGUGUCUCCUGGAAAACCUGGGACUAGAUACAGUAUGGCUGUAACUGGGGAUGAGACAGAAGCUGGCGCUGCACCUGACUUGACCAACUGCCAGCUGCAUAACUCAACCUCCCUCUACCUGGGGAACAAAGGGGGUGAUGCCCACACUUCCAAGAAAAAUCCAGAGGACGACUUACAGAGGAGGGAGCUCCGCUUAAUGAAGAACAGGGAAGCUGCACGGGAGUGUCGGCGAAAGAAGAAGGAAUACGUCAGAUGCCUUGAAAAUCGUGUGGCUGUGCUGGAAAAUCAAAACAAGACUCUAAUAGAAGAACUUAAAGCAUUAAAAGACAUAUAUCGACACAAAGUGGAGUGAUUCCUCCCAUCUGACGAGGAACUGGUUUAUGUGAGACGUGUCCUUCGAAAUUGAGGACUCUGCUUCUGUAUAAAGACACUUAUAAUAACACUCCUUGCUCUUCUUGUUUAAUGUGUUUACGAAAUGAUGUUAAUGUUUCAGGCUCUUUUUAUUCAAUAAGCAACAAACACACAGCUACAACUGCGUAAUAUGAGGAGCUUUGUGCAAGCAAACUUUCAGAAGAGGCAUGAAAAGAAGAAAGGAAUAAGGAGAAUUUUUUCCUCAUUAGAAAUGAAGAUUCUGAUGUUGAGCUGCAGUAAAACAAUCUGUACUUAUUUAUGCUGCAUUUUACAUUUCAUAAUAAUUCUUUUUACAAUUUGGCUAACUUGAAUUCCUUUAUUGAUUGAUUGAUAUGAAGAGUUUUACGAUUUUUAAACGGUAUCAUAAACUAAGUUAUUGAUCAGUGGGGAAGCACAAAGUUAUAUUUCAUUCUAUGUCAUAGCAAAAUUAUAGUUGCAGGGACAAUCUUUUAUAUCUAACUAAAAGACAGACCAGGAUUUGUGGGUCACCCCUUUGAGAAAUCACUAUUUAUUACAGCCUAGCGAUCAAAAUAGAAACUGCAUGGAUUUGUGUAUAUUUAUUUAGUUAAAUAUUAACUUCAUGUUUUUAUCCACCUUGAUCCAAUUUUGUGUUUUCUGGUGAAUUUGGUAAAUUGAAUAAGUGUACAUUUUUCUAAAUCCAGCUUUGUAACUCUAUGUCAGGUUUUUAUCUUACUCCUCUGAAGUCAAUGUCCUUGUAUUAACUGACUUAAUUCAGAGUUUCUAAACUUCUUGGUUUAAUUAAGUUCAUGUAGAAUCUCUAUGUAUUGUUUUCAUAGAUAACAAAGGUGAGGAACUUAGGCUUUAUGUUGUGUACAGUGCUCAGGCUUGACAACUCCAAUUGUAAAAUAUGUUUCAGGAAGUGAAUUUAACUGCCAUUAGAUGUAAAAUCAAUAGUGUUUGCUAUUAUCACCAUUUAUAUAUCCGCUCUGGGUAUUUGCAGUACACAGUCUUCUUUUUUAAGCCUACAAAAGCUUCUCCUUGUGAGGACUAUCUCUGAUUAUUAAAGCAAUUUCUUCUUUUGCUGAUCUUUUUUUUGCUUUUGUGGAGUACAAUAAAAUAUUGUGAUAG